AUGUGGUGUCAAUGGGUCAAGUCCUAUCUUCUCAAGAAUAGGAGCUUCUGGAGUGUCAAAAUUCUUAGCGACCCCUCUUGGGUUUGGAGGAAAAUUCUAGGCCUUAGAAAUGAUCUCAUCCACCAUAUUGGUUAUAAAGUGGGUAAUGGGCAGAACACUUUUCUUUGGUUUGAUAAUUGGCAUCCUCUUGGUCCUUUGAAGGAAAGAUUUGGGGAUAGAGUUAUUAAUGAUGCAGGCUCCCUAGCUCAGGCUAAGGUUGCUUCCAUUAUAGAUGAUAGGACAUGGAGAUGGCCUGUGUGCCAGACCUGGGAAUUAGAUGAGAUUAAGGCUAAUGUUCAGGGUAACCUAACUAAUAUAGAGGAUAAAGCUAUUUGGCUGGCAUCCUCUGAUGGGUGCUUCUCUAUUCAAUCAGCUUGGAAUUUGUGGAGAACCCAACACCCUAAGGUGCAGUGGUCUAAACUUCUUUGGUUCAAGCAUCAUAUUCCUAGGAUUAGUACCAUUGUCUGGAUGGCCAUUCAUAAUAGGCUUAAUACCCUUAAUAGGUUGGCUAUCUUUGGAGUUAGGGAUAAUUCUAGGAAAGGAAUUGAAUGGGCCCUCCCUACUUCUGUAAUUAAAUUUGGUAAUUUUCUGCAAGUUGAUGGUGGAUCUGUAGUAUGUGAGUUGAGUGUUGUGAGUUCUAUAAUAGGUUGUGUGAGUGUGGUAUAG